AUGCCGUCCGAACCACUCUUCAAACCAACCCUAAUUAUCCACGGCGGUGCAGGCGCCAUUCACCGCUCCGCACUCCCUCCAGACCUCUACGCGAGAUACCAUGCCUCCCUCCUCUCCUACCUCCGCUCGACGAAACACUUCCUCGAAAAUGGCGCGACCGCCCUCGACGCCGCUGUUCACGCCGUAUCCCUCAUGGAAGACGACGAGCUCUUCAACUGCGGCCGCGGGAGCGUGUUUACUUCGGCGGGUACGAUAGAAAUGGAGGCUUCUUUGAUGGUAACCUCCGUUGUACCUUCACGGGACGUGACAAAUGAGAGCGCAGGCCUGAAGCGUGGUGCAGGCGUUAUCGGGAUCAAGAAUGUGCGGCAUCCGAUACGGUUAGCGAGGGAGUUACUGCGUCGGACGGGGCAGGAUGCGAACGGGAACCCCGUGGACACUGACGGCGGAGGAGGGAGUAUGCAUUCGCAGCUUGCAGGCCCAUAUGUCGAGGGCCUUGCCCGGGAAUGGGGUCUCGAGUUCAAGCCCGAUGAGUGGUUCUGGACAAAGCAGAGGUGGGAGGAGCAUCGGCGCGGACUCGGCAAGGAUAAAAUUGAUUCACAUUCGGCAUCCGAGGCGGAUGGGGGACAUACAUUUCCCAGCCAAGGGACGGUUGGAUGUGUCUGUCUCGAUCAGUGGGGUGACCUGGCCGUUGCGACUAGUACAGGUGGGUUGACGAACAAGUUUCCCGGUCGCGUGGGCGACACACCGACGCUGGGCGCAGGGUUCUGGGCCGAGGCUUGGGAUGUAGACGUUGGCGAUGCAAUUUCUCCUCCGUCUCUUGGGCUUGUUAGAGGGAUGCGGUAUGUACCGCCCAAGGGGCUAAUCGCGAUGCCUCCGACGGGGUCAAAGUCAGUAUGGGAUAUGACACUUGCAGAUUGCUUGCCUGGGUCAUUGUCUUUCCUAAGAGCAACAUUUGAACCGUCUGAUAUCGAGUCGAAUACAUCGCUGCUCUCUCACCAACUUUACAAUGACCAGAAACCGAGCAUUUCGCGCAGGAAACGGCGAGCCGUGGCCGUCUCCGGGACAGGCAAUGGAGAUUCCUUCCUCCGUACUGCCGCUGCCCGGACAGCAUGCGCGAUGGCACGGUUCUCUGGAGACACCGUUGGCCUCGCUGAUGCCGUCUCUGCCGUCGCGGGUGCUGAUGGAGAGCUCCAGCGGUCGGCGGGCAGGAGAUGGAACAAGACGAGUGAGGGUAUGGGCGGUAUCAUUGGCAUCGAAGCUGAGUUCGAUGACGAGGACACGGCUUCAUCCUCGGUCUUGCGGAGUGGUAAGGUCGUUUUCGACUUCAAUUGCGGCGGAAUGUAUCGGGCGUACAUUGAGGAUGUGGAUGGGGAGGAGAUAGAGAGGGUCAUGGUUUUCAAGGAGCCGUACAGUAGUGACAUAUAG